UGCACAAGCCCACCAUCGCUUAGGUAGUGGACUCCUGUAAAUUCAGAUCAAUACCCCGCGUAAUUUACUCCAUACCUACCUACCUAGGUAUGCUACCGCCAUGUCAGCUCUUGCGUGGUGGGACCCUUGCAGAAGAGCUCUUUGGGCACCUCUCAUGCCAACAAGCUGAAGGAAGACAGCUCAGCUCCAGGCUCCUUUCCUGCAAUAAAUACCCUCGAAUAUGGCUCACUGUAGCAAAGUGUACUUUCGAGGAACAUUCUUCGAAGUUACACCACCCUCUUGUGCUGUCCAUAUCCCAAAGCCAUGAAGGUCGCCGGUCAUUUUCCGUGGCCUUUCUUAACCUUGGUGCUCGUGGGCGGUAAAUGUAUUUCACUCAUUGAGCGCCUACAGAAUGAAUUAUCGCCGCAACUGUCGGGAGACAACCUCAUAUCUGCGACGGCGCCAUUGCGUUGGAGCGACUUUGACGCACCGGACCCGGGUGCUGUCGUCAAUGUCGCGACUGAGUCGGACGUUGCAGUAACUGUCAAAUAUUGCGUGGCACAAGACAUUCCUUUCCUAGCUCAGAACGGAGGGAAUGGAUGGGCCACGACCUUUCAUCUGAAUAAAAAUGGUGUGGUAAUCAACCUGGCCGGCCUUAAUACUGUCAUAUUCAACGCCGACAGAACUCAAGCUACCAUUGGCGGGGGCUCCAAUGUCAGUAACACUAUUAACAACGCUUACGAUGCCGGGGCAUUGGUCUUGACGGGCAACUGUAACUGCGUUGGUACACUCGGCGCUAUUCUUGGCGGUGGCUACGGCAACCUCAUGGGAGAAUAUUCUUUCGGGGUUGACAACGUCCUCUCGCUUCGCGUUGUCACCGCCGAUGGUCAGCUUCACGAUGUGUCCGCCACCUCGGAUCCAGACCUUUUUUGGGCGCUCCGCGGAGCUGGUCCCAAUCUCGGUAUCGUCACCUCUGCAACUGUCAGAUCAUACCCCGCGUCCGAGGAGGAUAUGCAAGGAUGGGCUGGCGAUUUGGUGUAUAGCGAGGAUCAGCUGGAAGACGUCGUUCAGGCCAUCCAGGACCUCACUCUCACCCCAGAUAUGGUCAUAUUUUUAUAUUUCCUUGCAGAUCCUACUACUGGCACCCCAAGCGUAAUCGCUUCGCCGUUCUUACACAGGGGUAACGCGACAACCGGAAAAGCGGCUUACUCCAGUCUAUAUGCGGUCGGCCCCAUUGCAGAUACUACCACUGUCCUGCCGUAUAACCAGUGGAAUAAUGCAUCAACUUCACUGUGCACCCGUGGUUCCUUCAAACCGGGUUGGGCUGCAGGUUUCCAAAACAUGAUUCCCAGCACGUGGCGUGGGAUAUGGGAAGCAUACGUCGCAUUCCAAAAACUUCCCGGAGCAGCGAACAGUGGUGUACUGCUUGAGGCAUAUUCACUCAACAAGGCAAGGUCGAUAGAUUCUAGUUCGUCAGCUUUCCCGAAUCGAAACGUUAAUUUCAACGCCUUCGCCAUUCCUUGGUACAACGACUCCUCCUUGGAUGCCAAAGCGGCAGCAUUUGGUAACACAGCGCGUGACUUGUUGAGAUCCACGAGUGGCCUUCCCCGCAAUCAGACUUACGUUAACUUCGGCCAUGGUGAUGAGGAACUCGAGGUGGUGUACGGCGACAGUUUGACUCGACUACGCUCUAUUAAAAGGCAAUACGACCCCAAGAAUGUGUUCAACCAAUGGUUCAAUAUACAAUGAGAUUUAAUAUUAGAAAUACGCUAAUGCCGAAGUCGUAUACUUAUGUACGUACCUACAAAAUGCGAAUGUACCCAAAUAUCAUAGAGUGCUAUUGGAAUAUUGGAUAGUUGGAUACUCUGCAUCUACAACGCAUAUACACUACCUACCUACCUAUAUACAAAACUCUACAAGCUCUCAACAACUUAGUUUUUGAUAAUUAAUGCUUUUUUCCCA